AUGCCUCAAGAGAUGGCGCUACUACUAUUUUUCUGCUUGGCCAUUAUUUCACUUUGCGUUUCCAAUCCAAUCGGAGAGAUGUCGCUAGCCAACGUAACUCGAUUGGCCACAGGCGAUUUAUUUUCAUUGAUUGGAACCGAUUGUGGUCCCACACGUUGUAUGGAGAUUUCCCACGGGACGGCGUUAGCCGCAAUGGGUGGCGACAGUUCAUCAUGCAUGUGCCGAUGCCGCCGACAAAAUCCGGUUUUCCGCGAGGAUCAGCGCGUGUGCAUCAAUCAACUUGAUGAAUGUCUUAUGGCGAAAUUCGGUCGGGACGGAACAAAACCUCUGAUACCGUUCGUCUUUCUUCCAUUGAAAGGACAAAUUAUUUAUCCUUCAAAAGAAAUAAUAUUCACAGAUGUUGAAGAUGCCAUUUGUGCGGUAACAAGUGCUCAAUACCUAACUGCGUCAGGAUGGGUGAACCUACGUGACGUCAUAGACAAUGAUGUCCCAUUUGGCUUGUAUCGCGAUGAAGGCAGCACGUUCUUGCAGUGGCGUGGUUCGGCGGCCCUGCACGCUCGUUUAGAGGGUCGACUUGUGGCAGUCCAUGUAUUGUGUUCAGGAUCAUCAUCUACACGACUUGCAGCGUCGUGUGCAGCAUUCCGUGUGGCUGGCGCUUCACAAAAUGGAUUACUCGAUGUUCGGUCAAUACCGUUUCAUGCGGGCGAGGCAAUUCCCGCGGAUUCUACUCCCCAGAGUCAGGGUCUGAGCGUCUUAGAAUCACUAGCAAUUGGUGUUUGCGUGUUGAUGCUGAUUUUCGUUUAUGCAGCAGGAAUUAUAUUUUACAUUCAUUACAAACAAAGACAAAAGAAAAAACAGAAAGAUGUCGAACAGAACAUGUCUGAUAAUGGUUCCGCUAUGGAACCUAGACUUGACAUGAGCAACGUGAUGAUGAAGACAAAUCCGUUAUUGAAGUUGAAUGGUAUGGGAAACGAUUUUUUUAACAGUGAAAAUACCAUGUCUGAUGUCAGCGAACAUAUGGAUGGUACCAUGGAUCCACCGCAUAACAAUUCUCAUAAAUUUCAGAAAACGAAUUCAAACGUAAUCUCAGCCAUGGUUCAUUCUCGUCGCAAAAAGCCUUCGAGACCUUCGAUUAGGUCUGUGUCAAGCUCAGAACAUUAUCAUGGACGAUUACAGAAACGGGCUACUUCACCUGACACCUUUGAAAGGGCUCCACAUUCAGAUUUGUCGAUAGUGGAUUGCAGCGUUGAGAAUAAUUCGUUCUCUAGUCGCCAACACAUACCUUCGAAUGGCGAAACGGCUCUGCGAAGAAAACUUUAUUUCAAUCCAGUUUUUUUUGAAACAGAACAUUUAAAGAACCCCCCACCGGCUGCGAUAGAUUUUUUAGAAAAAAUACGAGAAGUAAUGACGAUUGCGAAAGAUAAAAUGACUUCAAAAAGGUUCGUCCCAAUGCUUUCGGAAAUACCCGAAGAAGACCUUUAUCACACGAUAGAUCUUGGUUGGGAUAUCCCGUGUGCUCGACGGGGUCGAAGAUUUAGUGCGAUUAGUCUCAAGCAAGAAAACAGUCGAAAGGCCAUGCAUUGUGGAGGCUGCCCAGGAUGCGACAGUAAUAUCAGACCACAAAAAGCCGUAGCUUUAACAAGAUCGAAUUCUUGUAAAUCUUGCGUAAGUGAUGAUUAUAAGCAAAGAAUAGUGAAAAAAUGGUUAGAAGAAGUUGCGACUCCAUCAAAGAAAUCACCAGUGAAAUCUGUUGCAAAGUUCAAUGGCCCUCCAAGAGUAGUAGAAUCGAAACUAAAGGAUCCGGUGCGUCCAAAGUCGGCGGAACCACUAACAGUUAAAUCGAAUACAACAACUAAAGAUACCACAGAGAAUGUAGUCGAAGAAAAUGUUAAAAAUGAUAAUUUAAGAAACGUAAAGUCAACCGAAGAUACAAAAACUGCUAACAAGCCAUCGAAACCCAAAGAAAGUCCAAUUGAAGAGAAGAAAAUCAGUAAACCCACUAUAAGUCAUCCUAAGCCAAUAUCACCAAAUUUGAUAGUCGAGAAGAAAAGUCCAUCUAGUCAGACUUCUAGACAUAUUAGAAAGAAAUUGCCUCCUCCUCCUCCACCGCCAGUAAAACGACCCGAACCGCUUAAAAAGGAAGAUGUGGAACCAUUAACAAAGGAUGUUAAAGUUAGAAUGGAAGCAGUAAUUCGUGAAUUGAAUACUUGUGCAAGUGUUGAACCUUCGGAACUAGAGGACAUGAAAUUGGAAACAAUUUCUCCCAUCGCUCCCAAGAUUGUUAUACCUGUGAUUGCUGCAGAUUCCUACUACAGCGAUGAUAACAUGUUAACACUGGGUAGAAAUAAAGAAAUAUAUAUGAAUCCACAAGAAGAGUUUAUGGAUUACGAUAGUUUAGAACGUAGUUUAGUGAGGAGAAGAAGAUUUUCACUUGCCUGUGGUACAGAAUUAUUCCAAAACGAAAUGGUAACUAGCGGAAAUAAGCAAGUCAAUUACGGAAGGUUAGCCAAAAGCUGGCGUGAUGUUAAAAAAGCAGUCGAAGAAGAGAAUAAAUUAAAUGCUCAUGUAUUUGGUCAACUUGAUAAUCGAAGUCAAUCCAUUAGUGAAAUUUCAGUUAAUACAUCAGAACCAAUGUAUGAUAACACGUCCAAUCCGGGUCCUUUGACAAUCCAAGUAAGAGGUUCUCCAAUUGAAACUAGGCGUAAAAUCAAAGAUGACUUCGAUCCUGACACACUUGAUAGGAAACCUAAGCAUGAAGUGAAGAAACGAGUCGAAAAGAUACUAUUAAAAUCAGCUGGUAGUUUCAAAUGUAAGUCAACGCCUUCCGAGAAUGAUACUUACAAAAAAUCCCCUCAAAUGGCAAUAACUCAGAAAAUCGGUAAUUUGCGACAAAUUUAUGAAGCUAAAGCUAAAGCACAAGCAGAAGAGGUGCAAUUUUAUAACAGGCGUGGUAGCGUGCCUUGCGGUGGUCAAGAUAUUCAAGCUUUCAUGCGUUCGCUUAAAGCACCUGACUUAAUAAGACACAUCGAAAACCAAAAAGAGAGACCUCCAGUCCCACCAAAGCAAAGACGCGGCAUUGAUUUAUCUCCAAAAUUCUCUAAUAUGACUCGUGAGAGUCCACCAGGUGAACGUCGACGUGGCACUGAAGAGAAAGAUCGUUUUUCACAAUAUUCGAGAAUGGAAAACUUAAACGCUAGAAGAUCAGGUCGUCGGUCGGCUCGUACUAGAUCUAGGCGAACUGACCUAAGAAGACUAUACAGAACGGAAGAUUCAGGAUAUAUGAGUACUGAUUCCAACGAGUCUAAAAGAAGAGCCAGUUACUUAAUGCAACUUAGACCUAAAAUAAAUUUCCCGGAGCACUCUCCAGCGGCUAUAGUGCGUACCGUCACGAAGGCACCAGUUACACAGGUGGAAUCAGAUACAGACGAUUUGGAGUCAUUGUGCGAUGGCCGAAGUGAAUCAGGUGGCGAGAGCGUGGAAACGGAUUCAGUGUUUUUCGGUAACUUCGACGACUCGAAGGAGAUGUUGGCCGAAUUAGGUUUAAAUAACUUCGAGACACACAACAAAAUAUCUGGAGGCCACGAACAAAUAGACUCCGGCUAUAUGGGGGAAACGAAUAUUAUUUUGAGUGGUGACAGCGACUCAGAGCACCGAAGCGUCAUUUCGAUAGUUACCGGAUAGUCGCACGUCCGCCUCUUCUAAAUUAUAUGAACUCAUAUUUAC